GUGACCAACGUAAUCCCACUCUUGCACUCUCUAGAACAUUUGAGAUACCUAUCAUUUUUACAGCUGGAGCGAGUAAAGGCGCGUCGAGAUGAGUUAGCAGCAGAGAAACAUGAAUGUUUCACAAAGCUCAAGGCUUGUCUUCAGCGAGAAUCCAUGCAAAAGAAGGCGGAAGACGAACGAAAAAGAAGAGAGUUGCUCACGCUUCAAAUACAACAACCGUUCUUGGCUGCAACAAUUCAAGCACAAGCGCAGGCGCAAGCACAAGCACAAGCCAACAGCUUGAUAUCAAAUCAGCACCUGUUGACGCAGCAAAAUUUGCUAUCACAGCAUUUUUCUGCACAGAAUCUGCUGAACCAACAGGCGUUGAUCCAGCAUCAACAACUGCUCGCUGCGCAAAAAUUUCAAGAGCUUGCUCAAGCUCAGCGCACUCUUGUUCAGCAACAGCAAACCGCUGCACAGGUAACUGCGCAACAGGCAUUACCGGCAGGAAUAUCGCCGGCCUAUAUACAGCAAGCGCUCGGUCAAGUGCAGGGAUUGCUGCCAGGAGCUACUGCUUCGGUGCCUGGUUUUAGCGCCACCGCGCCAGUGACCAGAGGAACGCCACCUGUUGGAAACCAUUUGGUAUUUGGUCAGUUUACUGUCGAACCACCGAAACCACAAGUGCAACCAAGCAGCUCGCAGGCUCAACCUGGUCUUGUAAAACCAGAAGCGCCGAGCCCGCAGGUUUCGCCGGCACCGCAAACUAUUACUCAACAGUCGUAUGGUUUGCAGAACCUUCCAGCAUCGUUUCUCUCGAACUCGAAUUCAUUUUUCACACGUGCUCUCGCUAACUAUCGACAGGAGUACCCCAAGCAUAUGAGCGAUUCGAACAACGGAUGA